AUGUCGCACGCGAAGCGCGCGCGGCGUGAGGACGGCUCGCACGGCGUUGAUGGACCGAACGAGGAUGAUCUUCGAGAGCUCCGGGACGUGAUCAUUCACUGCGACGGCUCCGCGGACGUCUUACGCGGCCUCUCCGGAGACAUCGCGCGCGAGGGUGAAACGCUGUGCGAGCACGCGAUGGGUUUUGUGAUGGAGUGCGUCACGGAGCUGCCGGUCAAGACGCCGGUGUACGCGACGCUGGUGGGGUUGAUCAACGCCACCGCCGGGGAGUUCGGUGGACGCGUCGUGGAGGAGACAAAGACGGCGCUCGAGGAGGCGCUGAACGGGGGUGAUCUCACCCAGCGCACUCGCGCGCGGGUGUUGACGAGGUUUUUAGUGCUCCUGAGCACUGUGGGCGCUGUGCAAAGGAUGGACGUGAUGAGGUAUUUGGAUUCGCUGCUGAAGGAGUCGCAGGCGCUCGCGAAGAAGGGCGCGACGGGAUGGCAGCCGCGGGCAGAUUGGCUCGCAUACGUCGCUCUGUCCGCGCUUCCGUGGGGUGGGGAAUUCUUGUCCAAGUCUGAGUGCUCGAACGAGUUCGAGGGACUGUUGGACGCGGCGGACGCGUACUGCAAGACGCGCUCCGCCAAUCCAGACCCGGCGUCCGUCAUCGUUAAGUCUGUGGACGGCACGGAGACGGAUUGGUUCGCGGACAUGUGCGCUCGCCUGAGUGCGGCGCACACGGAUGGUAUUUGGAAGAUCGCCUCCAUUCCCACCAUUGCCGAGCAAUUCGUCGAGGAGUUGGCGAGCACAACCAACGCGCAUGCUCUUGGAGACGUGACCAUUUCGACCGUCGAGUUCGCGAGUCAUGCCGAAGCUGCGGCGCGAUACCCCGGUCGAUCGAUGCUAAGAAUUUUGGACCCGAGCUUUACCGAGGGCACGGGUAAUGUCGACGCGUGGGGUCCGCUUGAGCGUUUCGUUGCGGAGGAGUACAUCGUGGACACCAUCUGGGCAUUCGAGCCAGGAUAUCGUCGAACUGCGACCAUUCCGGCCGCUGAGCAGCUGGCGUCGCUUCCUCUUCCCGCAGAGCAGCCCGAGCAGUGUCAGUUCUUGGUGGCUGAGACUUUGUUUGCCGAGUUGCUUGCGCUCCCAGAGCCGACGUUUUCGCCCGUCUUCUACCAUAUCGUCAUCCAAGACUUGUGCAAGAUCAUCCCCACGUUCCCGCCAAAGAUGGCAAAAACGGCGGGUAUGAUGUUCAGGUCGAUCGAUCGCAUGGACGUGACCGCGCGCGAUCGUCUCGCAAGCUGGCUCGCGCACCAAGUUUCGUGCUUUGAUUUGGUUUGGCCCUGGUCGAGCUGGAAGCACGUGAUGGAGCAACAGGAGGACGCACCCCAGCGCGCGUUCGUCGUGGACGCACUGAAGAAAUUGUGCCAACUCAGUUUCAUCGAACGCGUUGAAAAGAGUCUUAUCGAGGAGCUCCGACCGCUCCUGCCAACCGGUAGAGGCGUGAACGCCGAGUACAUUGCCGAGACGGCGGCCGACCCCACUUUUGGAAAGCUUCAGCAAAUGCUCGCUGAGAAGCGACAGGGGUACGAGGUCGUCCAAUGGAUCGGCUCCGAGGGAGCGACUAUGGCAAGUCCGGAGGUUUUGCUUCGAUCACUCGUCGUCGCCGCGCUCGAGCGCGGACAAAAGUGCAUCACGCACCACGACGUUUUGCUCAAGCGAUACGCCGCGCCGAUUCGUGAGUUGGUUGAAAAGGCUGGCGGCGAGGUCGCCGUCGACGCCGCGGUCGGGAUCUGGCGUGGUCACUAUCAGAUGGCCCCUAUCGCGGUCGAACGUUUAUUAGCUCUUGAUUUAGUCGCGCCAUCCGCGGUGGUGAACUGGGUGGUGCAGCGCGCGGCGGUGUUCGGCGAGGAUGACACGUACGAGAUUGCAUCCACCGUGUGUGACUUCGUGUGCGCCUCCGAGGCGAGCGUGGUUGGAAAGCGAAGUGCACUGGUGAGUAAGAUUCGUGCCGCCGAGGCUGAGGCCUCGGGUGCUGGUCGUGCCGCCGAGGAGCUCUCUGCCCAGGGUCGGUCGUACGAGGCGCAGCAAGCGGCAGCAGCUGAGGCACAGGCGGUGGAGGAGAUCGCCCAACACGAGGCUGAGCUCGCCGCCACAGAGGCGCCGAUCGCUCGCGCUAACGCAUUGGCGCGCGAAACCUGCUUACAACUAUGCGGUGGUCUCGUCAAGGCGAGCGCGCACGGCGCCUCUGCGCCCGUCGCCGAGCGCGUCUUGGCCUUUGUCCGCGCCCGUCGCCUCCAGCUCGCCCUCGACACUGACGCCGUGAUCAAGGCGGCGGGAACGAAGAGCAUCGCCAAGACCGCCGUCUCACACGCCCUCGGCGUUCCCUGCUAG